AUGGUAAUAAAAACGGAACCCAGCUCCAGUUCCCAAAUCAGUGCCACCCUUCCUAACAGUUCCUCAAAAACUUCAACCACCACAAGUCCUACACCAAAUACCACUCCAUCCCCAACUACCACUCCAUUGUCUUCUACUCCUACCCCAACUACCACUCCAUGGCCUUCUACUCCUACCCCAACUACCACUCCAUUGUCUUCUACUCCUACCCCAACUACCACUCCAUGGCCCACUUCAACCCCAACUACCACUCCAUUGUCUUCUACUCCUACACAAACUACCACUCCAUGGCCUUCUACUCCUUCCCCAACUACCACUCCAUGGCCUUCUACUCCUUCCCCAACUACCACUCCAUGGCCCACUUCAACCCCUCCUACUUCUUCAAAUUCCUACACCCCAACCAGUUCCAGUAUUAUCAAAACAUGGAAAUCAGGCAGCUCAAACAAGAGCAGAGCUUUUACCGCCUUUGAUGAGACGAUCCGGACUACGAACAAUAAUGAUUCCAGCAGCCAAGAAACCACCUCAACCUCCGGUACAACCACCUCUAGCAGCCAAGAUACCACAUCAACCACUGGGACGUGGACAACCCCCGUCACCAGCCAAGAAACCACCUCUAGCAGCCAAGAUACCACCUCUAGCAGCCAAGAUACUACCUCUAGCAGCCACGAAACCACCUCAACCACUGGGACGUGGACAACCCCCGUCAUCAGCCAAGAAACCACCUCUAGCAGCCAAAAUACCACCUCUAGCAGCCAAGAAACCACCUCUAGCAGCCAAGAUACCACCUCUAGCAGCCAAGAAACCACCUCAACCACUGGGACGUGGACAACACCCGUCAUCAGCCAAGAUACCACCUCUAGCAGCCAAGAAACCACCUCAACCACUGGGACGUGGACAACCCCCGUCAUCAGCCAAGAUACCACCUCUAGCAGCCAAGAAACCACCUCUAGCAGCCAAGAAACCACCUCUAGCAGCCAAGAAACCACCUCUAGCAGCCAAGAUACCACCUCUACCAGCCAAGAUACCACCUCUAGCAGCCAAGAAACCACCUCUAGCAGCCAAGAUACCACCUCUAGCAGCCAAGAUACCACCUCAACCACUGGAACGUGGACAACCCCUGUCACCAGCCAAGAAACCACUUCAACCUCCUGGGUGGAGACCAUUAGCUCCACUGAAUCCACACCAUUCACUACCACUCUAACCAGUCCUGGUAAGACGGAGCCUGAAUCUGAAACUGGUGACGAUGGCUUGGGCACUGUGCUGAGAGGAGUGGAGAUCAAGAAGGAGCACUAUGGAAUCAAGUUUGCGGCCCAGGAAAGUGGAAUAGAGUUUGCUGCCCAGCAAAGUAGAGCUAAAGUCGCAGUCUGGUCAGGUGUUUGCGUCGUUGUGGUGACGUUUACUGCUUUUGGAUAG